ACAUUCAGUGAAGCCCUCAUGUGCUGUACAGUUGUCAAAUAUAGUAUAAUACAAGGCGGAUGUGUUUCAUGCAAAGUUUGGUAAACACCUAUACAAAAUUGCGAAAUUAAACUGCUGCAAAACGUGAAUAUUUUCUAUUCAGUGAGGCUCUUAUAUGGUGUUCAACUGUGCAAUUGUCAAAUAUAGCAUAAUAAAAGGCGGAUGUGUUUAAGCAAGGCCGAGUUUGGUGGUAAAUACCUAUAAAACAUUGCAAGAUUAAACUCACUGCUGUAAUAUACAGCAGUGUAUUGACUGUGCAUAACAAUUGGAUGGCUGGAAGGAAGUGGAUGCUUCGAAUAAUAACAAAUCGACUUAGCAACUGAUUCAUCAAUAGUAUUACUUCAUCUAAUAGCCCUUGACAAAACUGGUGACAGAAGCUGGACAUAAACCAUUACAGGAUUGAGAAAUUAACAAGGAGUUCUAACCAAUAUCAGGGCCUAUUGAUGGGCUGGCCUUGUUUUCUGCGUUUAUUUGGACAUUUGGACACGUACGGCGAUAUAUUGAUGAACAUUUGUUGAUUGGUAGUUAUACAGUGUACGCGUGCUUUGUGGACAGGAUUGCUGGUGAUUUGGCUGAAUAACAUGCAAUUUAAUUAUCAAGACGAUAUUCUUUGCAUCUUUGACUCUGGUGUUUCGUGCUAAUUUUCACGGCCAGUCAAUUUCUUGUAUUAGUAAACCUGGGAUAACAGUGUCCUGGCUUGUAAAACAGAUGUCUGUGUUAUUGAUUUAAUUACAGAAAUCUAUUGAACGUUAAUUAGUAUAUUAGUACUUGGUGCUAGAGUGCUAAUUUCUGUGUGACUUUUGGGUAAUUUUAUAUCUUUUGGGUUGACUUUCUGAUCAUGUGAUGCUGGUAUAUGUCUUCUUUGUAAAAGUCGCCGCAGUCAUUCCGCCAGGUUGGAAUGUAUUAUUCGGGUGAAGUUUUAACGGAAAUGAAAAUUCGAACUGAGAAUCCUGGAUCCGGGCUUUCUGUGCUGUACCAUCCAUAUCUUUCAUCGACGUAUACCCCGCGCAGUAUGCCUGCCGCAAGUCCAAACACGUCCCAGUCGAGCGCCGGCAGCCAGUCCGGGGACCAGCUCAGCAAGACCAACCUCUACAUUCGGGGAUUGAACCCCAACACUACCGACAAAGAUCUGGUCAACUUAUGCACUCCAUAUGGCAAAAUAAUUUCCACCAAGGCCAUAGUGGACCAGACCACGAAUAAAUGCAAAGGUUAUGGGUUCGUUGACUUUGAGACCAACCAGGCGGCUGAACUGGCUGUACAGGCGCUACAAGCUCAGGGCAUCCAGGCUCAGAUGGCAAAGGUACAGAUUCAACAAGAGCAGGACCCAACAAACCUCUACAUCGCCAACCUGCCGCUGUACUUCUCCGAGCAGAACCUCGAGAACAUGCUUAAGGACUACGGGACGGUGAUCUCCACGCGCAUCCUGCGCAAGCCCGAUGGGGUGAGCCGCGGCGUAGGCUUUGCCCGCAUGGAGUCGAAGGAGAAGUGCGAUCAGGUGAUCAACGCCUUCAAUGGAAAGAUUCUGCCAGGAUGCGCUGAGCCUCUGUUAGCGAAAUUUGCGGAUGGUGGAAACAAGAAAAAGGUGCCGUAUAUUCAACCCACAAAAUUAUGGGCCGAUCGGACGGAUGUAACAAUCCCAACAAUUGCAUACGACCAAGCUGCCUUAACUCAAAAUGGGCUGUACCUGCCCUACAGCAUCGGGACCCCAGCUGCGGCGCUCAUGACCCCUGGGCUGCUGCCUCGUUACAGCAUGGCCACCUCGCCCACGACCUACCAGGUCCAGUCCAACCCUGGGGCUUUCGUCACACCGCAGUACAUUAUGCAACCACAGAUGGCACAUGUGAGUAAUCAUUACUACGCUGCUCUGGCAAAUGCUGGUUACCAAGUUCCUUACCAGGGGACCAUUUUACAAACAGUUCCACUUGAGGACUACGACACAGAAGGAAAACACAACCUCUCUCUCUAUCUUUCCACAGGAACACACGGUUGAGGACAUGCAUCGACACUUUCAAGCCUACACCCCCACCCCUGCCAAUCCAACCAUCUUAGUUUAAAAAGAACAUUUCCGAUGUGAUAUGGAGGCUAACAAAGAGCCAGCUACUCACCACGUCACAUGAUCAACUUACUCUCAUCUGAUUGGAUGUUGCUGCUGUCAGACAGAUUUUGAUUGGGUAGAUUAUGGUUUUGCAAGAAAGACUUGAUCUGAUUGGAUGAUUUGAAUUUAAAUUAGAUAGGAUUGGUUUAGGGUGGUGUUACAAUUUCAUUUUGUUUGUUUAAUAUUUUGACAGUGGUUUAUCCUGGAACUGUUUUGUAAAAUGUUUUCUUUCAUGUUUUAUCUAUUUGAUUUUUGUUUCUGCUGAUUUAUGAUUACAAUUUUUUGUCUUAUUUUUUAUUUUUGUAUUGUUUAAUUUUUCAUACUUAUGUUUGAUGAUUAGUGUUAAUGUAGAUAUGCAACUUACAAAAUGAAAUAGCUUUAGGCAACUGUUUUUAUCCAAACUGUACAAUUUGAACUGUAUGAGAUUAUGAAAUAAGUACCUCAAAAAGCUCAUAAAACUCUUUAGACUACAUGUAGUUUUACCAAUAGUAACAUUGACUUGCCCUAAAAUAACAAUUUUCGCAACUUACAUUGACUAUUAUUUUGAAAUAAUUUACAGGGAAUUCCCGUGACAAGUUUUGUCCUACAGCACUACCUAGAAAUAGUUCAUAUUAGCUUGUCGUUUUGAAAUUGAAUUUUGUUUAAUUUGGUGAUUGUAAAAGAAAGAUGUUUGUAAAAGAUUGACUUGAAAUGGACAAGAUAUUGAUCACAUACAAAUAUGCAAAAAACUGUUAAAUGCAUACUGUUGUUUUGUGAAUUGAUAUGUUUACAUUACAGUUUAAGUAAUUGUAUGCACUGGUUUUGAUGUGUACAUACCUGGUGAUUUGUCGAAAACCCAAAGUCUAAAUUGUUAUAGACAUAAAUUGUUGUACAUAUUUUUUUAAGUAGAUCCUAGUGUCAUUUAGUAUAGAUGUUUUUGUGUGAACUAUGUUUGUUUUGAUGACUCUUUUUGGAAAACCUAAUUUUGCCUUUAACAUGAUACAAAAACGUGAAUAAUUUUCUUUCUUUAUCAUGUUAUUCAAAUUUAAAGGGAUAAUAACAGCACACAAAAACGGGAUGAUUUCAUGAAAGAAUGGGAUUUAAUCUUAAAUAAAUGGGAUUAUUUGAUAUUAAGGAUUGGAAGUGGCAGAGUGUGUAUAAACGCACAAACUUUGUAUUGAUGGCAGAAGUGUCUUAAGUCAUGUUAUUGAGUUAUCUCUUUAAAUGUUUAAAACAAAAUAAAACAGCAAAAUUGAAUAGUGCAGUAAUUAGGUUUUCUUAUUUUUAUUCAUUUUCAUUUGAACUGUUGCAAAAAGUAAGUCAUUUUUUGUAGCAUCUCAUCAUGUUGUCAAAUAAAAAAAGUUUGUUGCUGGGGUUCUUUUCCAAUUGAAAAUAGUGCUUUAUGUUUUGAGUGUUUGUGUGUGUACGUACGUGAAUGAAUUCAAUUUAAUAUAUGAAACAAUCACCCUGUAAAUAUUUGUUCAUUAUUUCAUUAUUUUUGAUGACUGCCUUUAAAAGAAUUUUGCCUUUUCAUGAUUAAUACUUUUUGUGUACAUAAUGUUUAAACGAGUAAAUGAAUUUAUUCAAUUGUGUUGGGAAAAAUGAAUGUGGAGUAAUUUUACAAUUUCUUUAGUCGUUUGUUUCUUUACUUCUAAAGCAAAUGUGUCUAAAAGUGCUCAUUCAUUUGAUUAAUUACACCAUCUUCAAAUAUUUGUUCAUGUUUGUGACAAUGGAUACAGUCAAAAUGAAGAAACAGUGAACAAUGAGCAAAUUAGUGAUAACGUGUUGCACACAAGUUUUGAUAGAUAUAUAGACUUUAUGAGACCAAAGUUAAUGAUGUAUCAAUCAGUUUUAGGCAAAAUGCUCCACGAUUUGACGGCACUCUUGUCUGAUUUCACAGAGCUAUUUUCUUGAAUUUCACGGUCCAUUCUGUUGUUCCUUAGAUAUACUUGAUUCAAAAAAGAUGUGCGAAUUUAAACUGCCUCAAAAAUUCUUACAAAGAGGUGGGUUCAGCAUAAAGUUUGACUGUAUCAUUAACUUAUCUGAGGUUCAAAUUCUGUUUUUUUACCAAGAGGGAAACUUGCUUUUGUUCAUUCCAGCUUAAUUAUUUUAUAGUGUGAGUGGAAUCGUCCUUUACAUUUUUUUUUUUUUUAUUUACAUGUUGCAUUUGUUGGAUAAGGGAUCAACUAUUUUGUUAUUUUUGUUUGUAAGUUACACUUGAUGUGACUAUGUCUAUGUUAAAUAUGCAGACUUACGGAAACUUAAUCAGGAAAAGGCAUAUUGUACCCAAAGAGAAAAUAAAGAAAAGCGUGAAAAGUGAUAAACAAAUGAAAGUUUUGCAAAAAAGCAGAAUAACUAUGACUUUCAAAUGUGUAUUGUUAAGAGUUUUGUUCAGACCUGACCUUCAUUUAAAAAAAUUGGUGCUUUUUGUUUUUUCAGAGUUCUUGGCUUUUUUCUUCGCAAGUUUAUUUUCAUAUUUCUUGUGUUGUCAGCAAAAGCGAAGUUCAGUGUGAAUGUGAGAAUGUGUCAGUGUCGGUUUUGGUCAUUAUCGCAUGUUCAAUUUGCAAUUGUGCCAGUUUUUACAAGAAAUGACAGAGAAACUGUUGUAACUGAGGUCAAUACACACACAAAAUAAUCAAAUCAAAAUCAAAUUGUAUGUUUUCUUGACUAUAUAUUGUUAAAGAUUACUUUUAGUUAACUGAAUUUGCAAUACAUGGAUAAUAGUAUUUCAUAUAAAUAUAUUUAUAUCUACCAAGAUAUUAAACAGCCAAGAGUAUUUAUUCCACGACGAAUGUUACUAACUCAGGCACACCAGUUUCUUGUGUCAUUUUAAAUAAUGUUUCAUGAUUUUGGUAUUGUUUUGGUGUUAAAAGCUAUAUAUUAAUCAAGUACCCACAUGUUAUUAUGUGUGAUAAGAAGGGGUUUGCACUUGAUUUGCUGAAAGCAUUUUUCCAUCUGGGUUUAGUGUUGAAUAUAAUAGCCACUUUUAUGUACAUAGGUUUGUUAAGUUUUACAAAUCUAAUAGUUUUUAUUGAAAGUAGUUAUGUAUAUGUUUUUAAUUUGUAAUUUUAAAUAUAUAUUUUAUCUAUUUUUUGCCUUUAGUGUUUUUUAAUUUAUAUCCUAAUUUAUAUUUUUAUUAUUAAUAUAUAUAGUUCAAAGAGUGUACUGUAAAUUAUUUUAACAUAUUUAUUGGCAGAAAACAGAUGGUAAAAUGCUUUCUCGCAAUUCUAAGUUCGAAUUGCUUUUUCUAAUCUGUAUAGGAAAGGCGUAUGUGUAACCCACAUGCAUUGUAGCUGAGCAUUUACAAUAUUUUGCUUUUUUUUUCAAUAUUAAUUUCUGAACCAGGUGCUAUUGAGUAUAAUCAAUGUUAGAUUUAGGUUUUUAACGGACACUACAACCCAUGUAACCUUAUUAGCGUAUAUCGUGUACUUUGUACAAAGUUUGAACAAAGAACAAGCUGUGAUAUGGAUCAUUUAGAAAGAAAAGGAUUUUUUUAAUUCAAAAUACUCAGUUUUCCCCCUCAGUAAAACCUCACUUUCUGUUUUUUUUCACACCUUCCUGGAACCGUUGUAGACACAUACCAUACAUUACUCAUCACCUUUUGUGUAUCGUGUGCAACACCCCUUCCUGGAAUGUGUCUGCCUUUGGUACCAGUUGGGCAAAUCUGCAUCAUCUGAACAGGCCGAUAGUCCUCAGACUUUGAACUGAUUCUUCAGGUUUUAAACUUAAGACUCCAGAUUUUGAACUUAACUUUUCAGUGUCAAGUCAUGUUGUCAUGUUUAUUUUGUUUUCAGAUUGUGAUCUUUGGUCUUCACAGAUGUAAGGCCAGUAAAAGUAUGCCUAAGCACAAUUUUGUCUUGAAACAAAUCGGCAUAUAAAGUAAAGUUUUUUUUUGCUUUACCUUGUUUGAAUUCAAUUAUCCCUGAAAAUGGUGCGAUGACUUAACUAAAUAAUUAAACUAAAUAACUCUUUUGAAAUCCAUUUCUGAUUUUGUAGAAGCUCAUAGAUUCUCUGGAACUGUGUUAUGCAUUUUAUCAGGAGUGGAAACACCUGCAAAAUCAAACUGCGUUCGUAAUUUGCAUAUUUUAUAAACAUUAUGCACGAUAUUGUACUGCUGAGGCCUGUAGAUCAAUAGUAUUGUCUUCCAAUAAUAAACAGCAAUACUUUUUAACUGUCUUCUGAUACGUAACUGUUUUCUUUAUAUUUUUACCACUGAAUUAUUGGAUUGCUAUUCAGAAUUGUUAUUUCUUGUUACAGCUGUACUUGUUUUGGAUACAUGUCUGUUUAGAAAUGUUUUAACUAAUUACAACCAUUUAAACUUACAUAAGUCUAUUGUGCUUUGAAAAUCUGUAAGGUCGCAGUUUUACUAAAAUAUAAAAGUUGAUAUGGUAUUCCAAAGGUAGACAUUGCCAAUGUAAUCACUGUAUAUGUACUGUUUGUAGCUUACAUUAUUGGAAUAUAAACUUUUAAGAAACCUUUAAAAAAAUAUUUUUUUUAAUUUAGAUUUUAUCCAAGGACAUUUUCCUUCCCUGUAACCAUUUUACAUAUGAUGCAUUCUUUUAAUAUGCAUUUGUACUUUUUGACGAUUUUUUGUGUGUAAAUAUUGUCAUUUUUUAUUACCUUAGCAACCAAUCUACCUGACACAAUUUCUUCUGUUUUCCAGAUUUUUUGUUUGUGCAAUACCAUAAUAGUUAUAUACAAGAACAAGUUUGAGGUACUUAUAAUGACGUAAUCUGGUAUCAAAAUGACCUGGUAUCUUGGUUUUAAUGGUUUCAAACACAUUGUUCAGUUUUUUCGUUCCCUAAUGAAAAAUAUUGAAAAGACUGAUUUUAAAUGGCCCAAUAUGUGUGUACAGAACAGUGGUGGUUCAACAAUAAAUUGUUGCCGUUGAAGAAUGCCUUAAAACUUAAAAAAAAUAUAUACUGUUCUACUAUUAACUUGUUUUAAGUGUUUAUGUUAUUGCUGUCUUCUAUGGACUUGUAUAAGACAGAGGUUACGGAUGUCAAAUGGUGUUUAUUUGACAUUUUCUGCUUAUAUUUAGACAUGUUGAAUGUGUAUGAGAGAGUUUGUACAAAUGUAUUUUCAUCAAGGAACCUUUUUGUCAUUGGAAUUGUAAUUGUGAACAUCAUUCUGGAGUAAAUGAAUUGCUGAAAUUA